GUACACUCAGUGUAUACCAUAACCACCACAUCCUAGACAAGAUACACGGCCGAGGCAGAUGCAUGUGUAAUAAUAGCCCUUCCAUAGUGUGUGGAGUGCUCCUAAUGUUUUGCACACUGUGUAUUUGAGGCACGUGAAGUAUGCAUUGUCUAAAUCAAUUGGUCACAUCAGUUGUGCACAGUGCGCGGUAAAUUCCAUUUUAGUGCUGGAGGAACAUGUUCUCAACUAUGUCUUUGAAUUAUUAUUAUUAUGCUCUGCUCAGGCGAUUAGUAAGUAUAUCAAUACUACACUCUCUCCAUCCAUUUUACUCCCUAAUCUUGUUAAAUAUUUCCAUGCGGGAUCACGCGUUCAUUAGAGUUUGUGUCAGUCUAAGAAUCAUGCGGUUGGCUUUCGCUAUGAGAAAGGAGGAGUUAGAAAGGCGGUGGACCCUUUUAAGAACACACUGUCACUUUAUGCGCCUGAGAGCUCACUUGGAUAGGCUUCAGUUCACACAUUAGGAUUGUUUGGAGCCUACUUGGACGUCCAAAUGGUAGAGGAUUUUCUCUCAUGCGAUCCAGCACCAAUGAGCUGUUUUCAGACUCAGACUAGGAUUCUCAUCACUUGGAAAUACCAUACAUGGGCUAUGUGCAAAAUACAGUUGGAUAAACCUUUGAAUCUAAACAGUUACUUGGGAAAGAGACAAUUUCACAUGGAUGAUUCUCCACUGUGAGCAUCUGUACUCUUCACUCUGUGUUAAAGUUCGUUCUGGAGACCUCCGUUUGUUGGAAAACAUCACUCCAAUUUCAGGGUUGCGACAUAAACCCUACUACAGCAGAGAGCAGCAGACAUGACGGACAACACGUCUCAACAUAACUUCAUCAUGCACCACCACAUGGAGCUGAGCACCCUCACCAUGUACAGCGAGAACAGCACCGACAACAACACCAGCGCCAGGGAGCAGAACUCUACGACCUGCUCGCUCCGCAUUCCACAGGAGCUGUUCCUGACGCUGGGCCUCAUUAGUCUGGUGGAGAACAUCUUAGUGGUGCUGGCCAUCAUCAAGAACCGCAAUCUGCACUCGCCCAUGUACUACUUCAUAUGCUGCCUGGCCGUCUCCGACAUGCUGGUCAGCGUCGCCAACGUAGUGGAGACCAUAGUCAUGUUGCUCACCGAACACGGGCUGCUAGUGGUCACACCUGAAAUGCUGCGGCACCUGGACAACGUCAUCGACAUCAUGACCUGCAGCUCGGUGGUGUCGUCGCUGUCCUUCCUGUGCACCAUCGCCGCGGAUCGAUACAUCACCAUAUUUUACGCGCUGCGUUACCACAGCAUCAUGACCACGCAGCGCGCCGUGACCAUCAUCGCGAUGGUGUGGCUGACCAGCAUCACCGCCAGCAUAUUUUUCAUAGUCUACCACUCGCACACCGCCGUCAUUGUAUGCCUCGUCACCUUCUUCUGCAUCACUCUUGUCUUCACCGCUGUGCUCUACAUGCACAUGUUCAUCCUGGCGCACGUGCACUCGCGGCGCAUCAUGGCCAUCUACAAGUCUCGACGCCAGGGCACGAGCAUGAAGGGCGCCAUCACGCUCACCAUCCUGCUAGGGGUCUUCAUCCUCUGCUGGGGACCCUUCUUCCUCCACCUUAUUCUCAUCCUUACCUGCCCCACGACCCCCUUCUGCACCUGCUUCUUCAGCUACUUCAACCUCUUCCUCAUCCUCAUCAUCUGUAACUCGCUCAUCGACCCGCUCAUCUACGCCUACAGGAGCCAGGAGCUGCGCAAGACACUCAAGGAGCUGCUCUUCUGCUCCUGCGUCACCUUUCGGUGCGAUUCCAUGCUGGACUGUCUAUUUCCAUGGAAGUUCACGUGACUGCAGGAUUUGUUCAGGAAUAACAGAUUAUUUGAUAUUUGCGGCACUAUUAGGCGAAUGCCUGCCAUUGCUGUUGAAUUAACUGAAAUACAUAGUUAAUAAACUAUGAGACCUCAGGUUGGAUUGCGCACAACGGCACAGUGCCACGUAUGGGACCUUUUACCAACCCCUGGCCUCUUCCAUGUUGCAGGCCAAGCCAUACAUAUAUGCCAUACUUGCGUGUCGAACAAACGCUUGAACCAUAAUCUAAAGCAUCUAAUCUAAUUAUACACAGCAAAUGUGUGAUCAGAAUUGUAACUUCCACAGUGUUAAAUGUAUCACUUUCUUAGAAAUCAUAUGUAACCAUCUCAAAUAGCCUAGUGUUAAACUAACACUUUUAAAAGUGUUGAUAAAUCAAAGUGAUUGGUCCCUAGCACAAUGGGUGUUGAAGAUUCCAAUUUAAAUUAACACCUUAUAAGAGCUGAUGCUGCUAACACUUUCUCAGUGUUAGCUAAUUAACAUAUGUGGUGUUACAGUAACUCGUUUUGGAGUGUUUUAACACUUUAGGGUGUAAAGACUGCACAUUUAUUUCCCAGGGUUACUUUUUUGCUGUGUGUUUGUUAGUGACAAAGACAUGAUUGUUGCAUUCGAUGGCUUUCAGUCAUCUAGCCUUUACCAAGUGAGUGACUAAGUGAAUAUUUGAUCAUAAAAAUGUAAUUAUUUAUGUCAAUACACAUACAUUACUUUUUUUGAAUUUAUGUUGAAACAACAUGGAGUAGAUUGAAUUUAAGUCUGUGCCCAGUACAGGCCACAUUAGCAAGUUACCUUAGUCACUCGCUUUCGAAGUGUUGGAUAAUUCCUAUUGGAAUCCAGUCAGAGUUAGAAUAUCCAACAGCAACAACUGCAGUUAGAAUGACUGCCAAGGUAGGGAAGAUUGAUAAAUGAGACUUCCUUAACCAUCUGAACUGGAACAACCAUUUCAAUAACGGGUGAAAUAAGGCCAACUACUUACAGAUUGGAUUAGUUUAGAUUUUUUAUUUUAUUUAUCUUUGUUUAGUAUAAGAUCAAUUUAUCAAUCGAUGUGCAUGCAGAAACAUAGGCCUAGAUAUUAAAACAAACUAUUCUAAAAAGCAACUGGCAACAAGGCAUGCUGGGAAAUAUGAUAAUGGGCCCCUCCCAUGUCUUCAAUCUGAGAGAGUUAACGGAAAUUAACUCAACACAGCCGAGUAACAACAACACCACACCGUGUUGAUUCCACUGUGAUUCAAGUAACUUAAUUUAUUCACUGCGGGUGGUUUCAAUUUUAAUCCCACUGGUGUUAUCCCCACCAGAAUCAACACUCAGAUAUAACACUCACAACACUUUUUACCUCAACACUGUGAUUUUAACACCCUCAAAUUUGCUAUUUAGUUAUCAUCUCCAAAUAACAGCAACUGACAUAACUUUUUCAAAGAUGCCAAUGUGUGUAAAAGCUGCGGGUCCAGUUUUCUCAGGCACCAAGAAACUUUGGUUUAACAGUACAUUACUGUAAACUUUACAGUAAUGUACUACAGUAAUGUACUGUUAAACCAAAGUUGCUUUGGAAUUUAUGGUAACAUACUGUACAUUUUUUUACAAUAAUUUACAGGUAAAUGGCUGCCAGUAAAUUAGCAUAAAAACAUGAUUAUUUUACAGUGUACUAUGUAGGACAAAUAGUAAUUUGUGCUUUAAUUGUAUAGCCGACACUGGAAAUAGACUUUAAAUAAGAUAUAGCAAGUGUUCUGUUUAAAAUAGGAAAGAAUUUCCCAGAAUGUUGUUUGAAAGAGGCUAUUUUUGAAGAAAAAGAUCUAUGGGCAUACUGAUAUACACUAGCCCUAAUGCUUUGUAUGGAGUCAAAGAAAGAUGAGUCAUUAAGUUGUGUUUUGUACAAGAAAACAAUUCUGUCACGUUUUGAUUAAAUAAAAUUAGUGCAUUGUGAAGUCCAAUAAUAGCCUAAUUGGUCUAUAUAGAGUUGCAUUUUUAUUUAUUCACUCAUUAUUUGUUUACAUCCAACUUCCAAGUAUGUACAAAGAAGUUUCACGGUAUGAUUUAGGCCUAACUUAGCCCACUUAGGCCUUUGACGAAAAUGGCCUAUAAAUUGAAAUAAAACUUUUGGAAUACAACUUUUUACAUGAAAUCCAAUCUUGAAACAGAUCAGACAUUUUAAGAUUAUCCUCACCAUUUUAAUGCAAAUAAUAAUGUAUGCAUAGACGGAAAAAAAAUGUUUAUUUCAAUGUUUAUUUCACAAGUAGCCCAUGUAAUGUAGACUAGCCAUGUUUUUUAAUUGUGUUAUGGAUGUACUGAACACUUUGAAUGUUUCAACAUAUUUAUAAAAUGUUCAAAAGCCUCAAGAGGGUAUCAAUAUUCAUCCUAAACAAUCAAUGCUAUUUUAUGGCUGUGUGUCAGAACCAAGGCUCAAACUUAUCUCAUUGUAAAUGUGUACAUUUGAUAACUUUUUACUGUAUUUCAACAUAUUGCUAUGGUCAAGUUGUACUAAUAUAUACUGAACAAAAAUAUAAACGCAACAUGCAACAAUUUCAAAGAUUUUACUGAGUUACAGUUCAUAUAAGGAAAUCAGUCAGUUGAAAUACAUUUAUUAAGCCCUAAUCUAUGGAUUUCACAUUACUUGGCAGGGGUGCAGCCCACCCACUUGCCAGCCAGGCCCACCCAUUGGGGAGCCAGGCCCAGCCAAUCAGGGGUGCAGCCAUAGGUGGGCCUUAGAGAGCAUAGGCCCAACCACUUGCCAGCCAGGCCAAACCACCACCCAGGCCGGAUGUGGAGGGGCUGGCGUGGUUACACGUGGUCUGCGGUUGUGAGGCUGGUUGGACAUACUGACAAAUUCUCUAAAACAACGUUAGCAGCAGUUUAUGGUAGAGAAAUUGACAUUCAAUUAUCUGGCAACAGCUCUGGUGGACAUUCCUGUAGUCAGCAUGCCAAUUGGUGGAUGGAUUAUAUUGGCAAAGGAGAAACACUCACUUACAGAGAUGUAAACAAAUUUGUGCACAACAUUUGAGAGAAAUAAGCUUUUUGUGUGUAUGGAACAUUUCUGGGAUUUGUUAUUUCAGCUCGUGAUGGUGUAUUAUUUAAUAACAGCAUCAGUAAUGAGGACAAUGAUAGUACGCAUGAUAACAAUAUAAUUAUAACACUAUUGUUGUCAUAUCAUUUGUUACUAUAAUAUUGUUGUAAUAUUGAUAAUUAAUAAUUAC